GAUCAGUGCUGACAACAGUCGCGCAGGAAACUCCUCCCUGUUGACAACACACGCGCCGCUCUCUCAGCGCAAUGGUCUCCUGGAUUAUUUCUAGGCUUGUGGUGCUCAUAUUUGGUACCCUUUACCCCGCAUACUCCUCAUACAAAGCUGUUAAAUCGAAAGAUGUGAGAGAAUAUGUGAAAUGGAUGAUGUACUGGAUAAUAUUUGCACUUUUUACUACAGCUGAAGUGAUUACUGAUAUCUUUCUAUGCUGGCUCCCUUUCUACUAUGAGCUCAAAAUCGCCUUUGUGGUGUGGUUACUUUCCCCAUAUACAAAGGGAUCCAGUGUUCUGUAUAGGAAAUUUGUGCACCCGACAUUGUCCUCUAAGGAGAAGGAUAUCGAUGAGUAUCUUUGCCAAGCAAAAGAUAAAAGCUAUGACACUUUGAUGCAUUUCGGGAGGAAAGGCUUGAAUGUGGCGGCAACAGCUGCAGUAAUGGCUGCCUCCAAGGGCCAGGGUGUUCUCUCCGAGGGGCUUCGGAGUUUCAGCAUGCAGGACCUGUCGUCUCUCCAGGCAGAAGGCCAGACAAAAGCCCAGAGUUCUUUAACUACUCAACCUGCAGCUGCACAGAACAGAACGCGCACCACGAUGCGCAGCAAAUCAGAGACUGGAUACAGCAAGGGCCAUGAUUUUGACAUGACCGAUUAUGAGGUCUUGAACUUGGAGCAAUGCACCUCUAAGGAGCCUCCUUGCCCUCUGACUCCCACACCUACUCCCACUCCAUCCGAGCCCCUCAUGACUCCAGCACAGGCCAACACUACUCCAGUGCUUUCACCCCCUGAGUUCUUCCAGGAUAAACUUGCACUCCAUCCUUCUUCUCCACCUGUAGCCCAGGAGGAGCCUCAGGUUAGGGAAAAGGAGGGAUUUGCCCCUUGUGGCUCACCCCAGCUCAGAUUUAAGAGGCGUGCCCCAGAGCCUCCUCCUAGAACCCUACGACCUGUGACCUGCUCCAGAUCAAGGAAUGCCCUCACUUCAUACACUGAAGCCAUGUGACUAUACAUAUGCUCCGAGAGUGCUUAGCUCUCUUAUCUGCAACAUGAGCGGAUGCAACAAGAGAUGGCAGAGAAAAAAAGAGGAAUGCAGCCAAAAUGUUAAAAUAUUCAAAAGCAGCCUUGCUCUGUAAUGAGGUAACCAAAGUGAUGUGCAAAACUUUCGCUUCAGAUCUUUGACACCCAAGGGGGAGGGGCAUCCACUGAGGUAACACAUACUACAUGUGUACAUACUGCUGUGCUGAGACUUGUCGGGGGUUAUCAAACUUGUUUUGUACAUAUUUAUUGUGUGCCUGAGUGUAGAUUUUGGUAUGAUUUUGGGAGAAACAAAUGCAUGCAUGUCAUUUUGGUUUUGUGUCUUGAGACCCCUCAUACCAUAACCCCCCACCAACUAUAACCAUCACAUAGUCAUCACAUACACUGCAAAAGGUUUCUUAAUCAGUAUUUUUGUCUUGUUUCUUAGUAAAAAUGUCUACAUCUAGAUAAGCAAAAUUAAAAUAUAUUAAGCUUUGUUUUCUGAGAAUAUAUCUUCAUAAAUUAUUUUAUUUUUUACCCCAUUGGCAAAUAUUUAUUUUUUAUUUCUUCUUUCUUUUUCUUUUUUUACCCUUUUCUCCCCAAUUUGGAAUGCCCAAUUCUCAAUGUGCUCGAAGUCCUCGUGGUGGCGUAGUGACUCACCUCAAUCCAGGUGGCGGAGGACGAACCUCAGUUGCCUCAGUCAAUCCGCACAUCUUAUCACGUGACUUGUUGAGCACGUUACCGCGGAGACAUAGCGCGUGUGGAGGCUCAUGCUAUUCUCCGCAGCAUCCACGCACAACUCACCAUGAGCCCCACCAAGAGCAAACCACAUUAUAGCAACCACAAGGAGGUUACCCCAUGUGACUCUACCCUCCCUAGCAACUGGGCCAAUUUGGUUGCUUAGGAGACCUGGCUGGAAUCACUCAGCAUGCCCUGGAUUUGAACUCACGACUCCAGGGGUGGUAGUCAGCGUCUUUACUUGCUGAGCUUCCCAGGCCCCCUAUUUCUUCUUGUUCUUAAGCAUAAACCUCACUUAAUUGUGUUAGAUGUAUGCUUACAAAAAUAAAAAACUACUUACCAACGGGGUAAAAAAAACAAAAAACUUAAUUCAAGAUAUAUUUUCUGAAAACAAGUCUUAAAGGAAUAGUUCACCCAAAAAUUAAAAUUGUCUCAUCAUUUACUCAUCCUCAUGCCAUCCCAGAUGUCUAUGACUUUCUUUCUUCUGCAGAACACAAAUGAAGAUUUUUUUGAAGAAUAUCUCAGCUCUGGAGGUCCAUAUAAUGCAA